CAGGUCUGUAUGAGACUAAAGCAGAUGAUGACUGGAUCUCUGCAGAAAUCAUUUUGAGUCAUCUGAGAGGACAGAGAGAUUACUACGGUAAAACAGGAGGAGUUUUCUGGAGCAACUCAGCAAUACGAAAAAUUCAGUUGUUUUUCACCAGUCUGUAUGAUGUUAUGAGCAGAUUUCUCAGUUUGGAUCGUGAUUCAUGAGUGGUGUAAAAGAUCAGCGGUCACAUAUCAGAGCCUGAAAACUCAAGACAAAGUCUUAAAGGAGGAAGCUGAAGUUCUCCAUUAUAAGUCAGUCUAUACACCCAGUGAGAUGUCCACCAUUAGAAAGGAGAUGUAUUAUUUUGCCGGUCAUGAGAUCAAGAUCUCGGAAUCUCUGGAUUCGUUCGGAUCCAUCAUCUGGCCGGCAGCUCUUGCUCUGUGUCGAUAUCUUGAGUCGAAUCAAAAGACGGUGAAUCUUCAAGAUAAGGCGGUGCUGGAGAUCGGUGCUGGAACUGGUCUUGUGUCUAUUGUGGCCAGUUUAUUGGGUGCAUGGGUGACAGCGACCGACCUACCCGAGGUCCUCGCCAACCUGAGAUGUAAUUUAUCUAGAAACACAACAGGCCAUUGCAGAUACACCCCACAAGCAGCUGAACUCGUCUGGGGUCAUGACCUCGAGCGAACCUUUCCUCAUUCAGUCUACAGAUAUGAUUAUGUCCUGGCAGCUGAUGUGGUUUAUCUUCAUGAGUUCCUAGAAGAAUUACUGCUCACAAUGAAACAUUUCUGCAAGCCAGGCACGACCCUCAUCUGGGCCAAUAAGACUCACUUUCAAUCUGACCUGGUGUUCACUGAGAACUUCAAGAAAGCCUUCAACACCAAACUGCUGGAAGAUAACGGAGAGAUAAAGAUUUAUUCUGCCACCAUUAAAGAAGAAAAUGUAGAAAGGAUGGAAAAGCAGACUGAUGAGAUGAUCAACAUUACAGAGUCCAAUCAUUCAGGAGAAAUCAAAAUAGAAUCAAAGACUGAUGGUGUGGAAAUACAGAAAUUACUGAUAGAUCAGACGACUGUAAAAGAAAUGCAGGAGGUGGAAAGAAAUGAUGAAGUUGAGAAGACUGAUGAGAGACAUCAAGAGGAAAACCUAAACCUGAAGAAUGUGAAGAGCAUCACAGAUAAUGAUGAUGAUGAUGAAGAAACAAAGAGAAACUCUGAAUCAGAUUCAAAAGAGAAUGACAAACAGCAGACUCAUCUGAGAUCAUGGGAACCUACCAUUUACUUUAUACCAGGAAAAGAAAUCUAUUAUUUCUUAGGUCAGAAGAUCAAAAUCCUGGAGUCCCUUGAUUCUUACGGUGCUAUGAUCUGGCCAGCGGCGGUCACACUCUGUAGAUUCUUGGAAACAGCUGAGGGUCAACAACAAAUCAAUUUAUGUGACAAAUCUGUUCUUGAACUGGGAGCUGGAACCGGUCUUCUUUCAGUCGUAGUCACGCUGUUGGGUGCCAAACUUACAGCCACAGAUUUACCGGAGAUUCUCAGUAAUCUGACAACCAACCUGAACUGGAACACCCGAGGCCGUCGGAGACACGAGCCCCUGGUAACUGAACUCUUUUGGGGUCACAAGUUAGAGGAGAACUUUCCCAGAUCCACACAUCUUUAUGAUUACGUGUUAGCCACCGAUGUGGUUUAUCAUCACGACUACCUGACUGAACUUCUCAUAACCAUGCGUCACUUCUGUCAGCCGGGAACCACGCUGGUCUUGGCAAAUAAGAUUCGAUGCGCCGCCGAUCUGGGCUUCCUAGACAACUUUCAGAAAUGUUUUGAUAGUAAACUGCUGGUAGAGUUGGACGAUGUGAGGAUUUAUGUGGCCACCAGCAGAGAAACUGAAGAUUACCAAGAGGAGAAGAACAUGGAGUCGAGGAUUCGACAAUGAACAUGAAGAAACAGGAUUCAGUGAGGACAUGCAAGGACACUGGAACAAAAACUGAUGUAAAAAUGAAGAAACUAUGAUGAUGAUGAAAGGAAAAAUAGACUACAAAUAAACUGACAAAAUUGGGACAAAGGGAAAAAUAUAGGGAAAUACAGAGAGAAAAGAUUAUGUAGAUUAUAAUCAGUCUGUGACUUUUGAGACACUAAAGCUUAUUUACUUCAUACAGCAUUCAGUAGUUUAGGACAACAUUUGCACAAUAAACAGAAGAGAAGAGAAUAAAAGUAAAGAAAGUUGAUGAUCAUGAGCACAUUACAGACUCUGAACCUGAAACAGAUCUUCUCACACUUCUCUCCUGAUGCUCCAGCAGCUCUUCUGUCAGUCUGACUCUGUGUAUUUCAGUGGCGAGGUUACAUGAGGCUCAGGGUGGCACACUGGCACUGCCCACUCAGAUUGAUGGCUGUCGCACUCAAUCAGAAGACACAAAAUAUUUUUGUGGAAAUGCAAACACGCAUAAAUCAGUUCAGAAAGACAUCAGAUUCAUGUAUGGAUCUAUACUUAUCUGGUCCAAAAUGUGGCAGUUUACCCUCAAAAUAUCUGUUUAUGUCCUUAUGUUUAUCAAACAACAGAAGAGAAAAAGAAAAUCACUUCUGUAGCUUUAAAAAGAUGAAUUAUAUUUCAUUUAUAGAUUGAAGAAGACAGUGUUAUUAUUCAUCUGAUUUUAUUUCUGUUCAUAAAUACUACUGUUAGAUCUUACUUUGUGUGUAACUUUCUUCUUUUUUAUUUUCAUUUGCUUAUAAUUUCUUGAUUUGUUUGCAUUUAUUUUUUGUUUUCAUUUUUACGUAUCCAAUCCAUGACACAAAAAAAGCUUGUAGUUAUAGACCCUUUUACAUCCCAUGUGAUCAAAUAGCCUGUGUGCACAACAGAAGUGGUGUUAUUCUCCAUGGUUUUAGCAACUCAGAAAGUUUAUUAUUUAUUUCCCAGCAUUAAAAUGUCUGGUUGUUGGUUUGGUUGCACUAAUAUAAUAUUCGUAUGUAUGUAUCUGGCAACUUUAUAUUUGGCCAUCUGCUAAUGUCUUCUAUCCACUCCACUAUAGUACACAGAUCUGGUAGAUGUGUUGAAAAAGUUAACUUAUUAAAAUAACUUUCUCUAUC